CGCCCCCUAAAAAAAUAGAAAAAAAUAUAUAUGGGGCAGCACGUGCUUGGGCCGAUUUCAAAAAAUGAUCCGGAGAAUACAAAACCAACAACAACCACCCAAAUGGAGAAAUGACAAAAACCACAACAAAACGCAUAAAAUUACAAAACAAUAUAAACAAAGAAGAUGCCAAAGCAAAACAUUGAAUGGGAAAUUAGAUGAAAUGUCAACAAUGAUGAGAGAGAUGUGGUGAAAGAACAACAACAACAACAACAAAAAAUGAAAAACUAAAAAAAACUAUUCUAUGGUGAGGAUGAUCGGCAGACAGCUGAUCGAACGGUUGAUGGUUCGAAAAAAAAACGGGCAAAACAAAAAUACAUUUUCAAAACAGAGAAGAAAAAGAAAACAAAAUUUCAAAAAAAAAAAACCGCAGAAGAAAAUCUUAAUUUUUGAGGUGAAAAAAAGCCACCAUCAAUGUGUGUGUGUGAGUGAGAGAGAGAGGGGAAAGAAAGGCGACAAUUUACUUGGUGGAAAUUUCGAAAAGCCAGAACAAAAAAAAAACACGGCAAACUAAACAUUUUUGUAAAUGUUUCAAAAUUUAUUUUUAAAAUAAACGCUUUUUUUUACGCUCAUCUCAGGAGCAGAGAGAAGACACACACAGCAAAAUCUCAUUUCAAAAUCCCCCUAAUGCCAUGGUAAAAAAUCACAACAUCUUGUGUCUGAUUUUGAGAAAACUAGAGCAAAAAACGCUAAAUGAUUUUGAAAAUCAAAAGAAAAACAACGGUGAAAAUUUGUGCUCAGAGAUUUUGAAUUUGGCAGUCGAAUUUUUGCAGCGGUACGUUUAAGUUAUCCGAAACAAGAAAGUGCGGCCAAAAAGACUCGUGUGCCAGUUUUUUUUCAAACCAAAAAAAAGAGAAAAGCAAAUGAAUGGGAAAAUUUGAAAAUUUAAAAUAGCCUGAAAAAUUAACGAAAAAAAAGCGAAGGAAAAAAUCCAAUUACCCAUGUGAACCUGUGAAAAUUUAAGCGAAAAAUAUUCAAAAUCCCAAAAAAAUUAAAAAAAAAAAUUAAAAAUUUACCCGGAGUCCUGCUUGAGUUUUCAAACCAAAAAUGGCUACUUUGGCUUUACGCACGGGAAAGGAAAUCAUGCACAAUGCCGGCUGGGUACUGGAUGAAAAUGAAGAAGCCUGCUACAUAGACAUUGUGAACGAUGACGAUAAUAAAUCAGAUGUUGAUGAUGAAAAUCGGGUCUACUCACAGUGGAAUAAUUUGCCAGAUUUAGUUCUAGAACAAGUCUUUACAUAUCUCAAGCCAAGGGAACGGUACUAUGCAAGUUUGGUUUGUAAACAAUGGCAUCGGGCCUUCUAUCUGCCCACGGUUUGGAAUAACUUCCUUGUCGAUGAUUGCACACUGACGCGGCAGAAAUACAAUUACUACUCAGGUUGGCAAUACUGUCUCGAUCACAUGCGUACGCAAAAUUGUCUAGCACGCAUUGGGCGCCAUUUGCGGGGCCUGGAAUUUCGUCCGGAAAUUUCAUUCAAUAACAUUUAUCAAUUUAUGACUCUGCUAACGUGGAGCAUUAGCCGGGGUUUGGAACCUGACGGGCCCAAGGAUAUGAAGGGCAUGGGGGCACGUAUACGUUCCUUGGUCUAUAUUUUUCCCUGCAACAUGGCCCAGGCAAAUGAUCCGGAGGGCAUAAAGCUGUUCGGAACUGGUGGCCAGCUACUGAAGGGCCUAAAAGAUCUCCUCUCAAAGUUGACAAAUUUGCGAACCCUAAAACUGGUGGAUUUUGUGCUGGAGCGUUAUGAGGCUAAACAUUUGCUGGACGAGGUGUUGGAUGCGUGCUGUACGAAAAUGCGGGUAUUGAAUUUGGUCAAUGUCACCUCGCUACAUUGUCCCAUCAUGCAUGUGGGGCUGUUUUUGAAUUUACAGGAAUUGACAAUUUCUCCCCAAAAUAUUGACGAUGAUGUCCUGAUGCUGUUGGCCGACACCAAAUUGAAACAUUUACAUUUGUUACAAAACUGUUAUACCAUCUCCUACCUGGCCAUAUCCCAUUGCAGUGUCAAGGCAUGGCGCAUGGUUAAACGUGAUAAUCCUGGUUUGAAGGUCCAUCUGCGUCUGGAAUCACUGGUCGAUGGAGAGGUUGUCUUUCAGCCAGAAGCUCCGGUGUACAGCAUAACAUAUAGGACGCCGAAAACAAUGAUCCAUCCCGACACCGUCAUCAAAAUGGUUGAUCAUUACAAAAACACCCUGGCCAUUUAUGGUUUUGAAAUGCUUCCGAAAUUCUCUAGUCCCAAAUCAUUUCAUAAUCGUAUCGAUUCUCUGAUGCUGCUCAUGUGUAGACAGUGUUAUAAUCUGCACACAUUGGUGAUUCGUGAAAAAGUCUCCACCUCCACAGUCCUGCUGAUAGCCAGAACGGCCAAAAAUCUACGCCGCCUUCAUGUCCGCCGUUUUGCCACCAUCAUACGCUGCGAUUGGCCACGCCACCCUGAAUGGUCAGAUGAGUUUCACAUAUGGCUAAGACGUUCCUGCCGCACCUAUGAGGCCGUCGAACGUGAGGUGUCACAAAUUUUAGGCUAUAAAUGGCACUUCCUGAGUGAUCAAGAAUUCAAGGCGGUCACGGUGGAUGUUAAAAAUGAAUGGUGAAAAAUAGGAAACCAAAAAAAUUACGAGGAAAAGAAAGAAAUAAAGUGAAAUGUGAUAACAA